CUGGGAAGAGGGAACAAGUAAUGCGAUGCCAAAGCAGGUUGAUACACAACAGAACAACUAUAGGCCUACCUGAUUUAAAGGUGUUUACUCACUCAUCAUCUUUUUCUGCAGUUGUGGGGAAUUUCUCUGGAAUUUUUGUCAAGUGCUCUUUUGCCUCUUAUUUGUGGUGCCAACUGAAAAUUGAAAAGUGGAGAUGAAUUCUACCGCUUUCAAUCAAACGGACAGUACAGGACUUUUCAAUAAGACUGAGGAGAUUUUUUGCUGUAACUUUUCAUCAGUGGUGACUGAUAAUGGCUUCGUGGCGGCGACUCCGGAUGAGAGAAGUCUCUUUCUCAUGAGAGUUGUCCAGAUAGCAGUUAUGUGCGUGUUAUCGCUCACGGUGGUUUUCGGUAUAUUCUUUUUGGGCUGCAACCUUCUCAUCAAGUCAGAGGGAAUGAUCAACUUUUUGGUGACGGACAGAAGACCAUCCAAAGAGGUAGAAGCAGUCAUUGUUGGUGCAUAUUAGUAGCCUAAAGAGCGCUUUGGGAGACUUUGUCAAAAUGACUUGUCCUACCACUGAUGCCCAGAUGAUGAAUCCACUUUUCACCAACAGCAGAGACAGAGACAGAGAUACAUGAAUGGUCAAGUAUCUACAUAAGAACUAGUUUCUAUUGUUCUGUUCUCGACAGUUGGCAAAAAUGUAGGACACAACAGGCCUGUACUUAGACCCUUUAGACACACAUCUCCAGGAAUUAGCCGAAAUUAGCUCUCACUUUUUGACAAACACUUGUGUAAUUUAAUAUCUAGACGCUCUCUAAUUGUUAUAGCCUUUUUGUCAAAGUGACAAUCGUUUUAAACUUCAAAUACUGUCUCAUAUUGCUAAAGCAAUGGGGAAAAAUGCAUAUCGUAUGUGUUUUUGCACACAUGCAAGACAGUAUAAUGAUUUAAUCAAUGUGCCUUACGCGUUUCCUAUUGAACAUUUGUAAAUAAUGAGUGGUUAAAUGCAUGAAAGGUGGAGAUGUAAUACUAAAUCAACAACACUAUCUUUGUUUAUUGGAAUAAAUGAAUCCCCUAAUUAUGUUCACGUUUUCCUUUUGAUUGAUUCAGCAUUUUCAUCAAUCUGUUCUCAGUGUUAAUUUGAGACAAUCAGGGCUACAGUAGGCCUAGUUGGUAGAGCAUGGCGCUUGUAACGCCAGGGUAGUGGGUCCGGUUCCCGGGACCAUCCAUUCGUAAAAUGAAUGCAUGGCUGUAAGUCGCUUUGGAUAAAAGCAUCUGCUAAAUGGCAUAUAUUAUUAUAUUCUAUUGAGAUAAUUCUUAUUACAAAGCCUUUCAAAUUAUAAA